UAAGUGGCAAUACCUCAUUUCCUGUUUGACUGCACGAGGGAGACUACCCAGACUACCAGUGCCUACGAUAGGUGUUAUUGUGCCGUUUCCUAUUACAUAUCCAUAUUUGAAGUUAUUGAAACCAUAGGCCUAUAGAAACAUGGCGCUGAGUGUGUCUUUCCAGAGGGAUAAAAUCCCAACAGCUGCCUUUUUGACAGCAGAGUAUUUAUCACAGAAGAAGCUUGUGAAGUGGUCACUAGAGCAGAAUACAACUUUAACAGUGGAGGGGACAACUUUAACAAAUAACUUCACCAUUUGCCGAUUUCUGGCCAACAAGUUUCCUGAUUCAGCUCUCUAUGGGAAUACCAUUCUGGAAGCAUCAGAGAUAGACCAUUGGAUGACCUUUGCUGCUGACUCCCUGUCCUGUGCUGCUAAAUUUUGCACGGCUCUCAGUUACCUGGAUAAGUCUCUGGAGCCUGUGACCUACAUGGUGGGCCGAUCGCUGACCUUGGCAGAUUUUGCUGUGUGGGAAGUACUUCAGAGUAGUAGCAAGUUCCAGUCACUGCUAGCAUCUGAUGAUGCAGGAGUCAAUGUCACUCGCUAUUAUAAGUUUCUCUGCAAUCAGUUGGUGUUCAAGAUUGCACAGAAUCAUUUGGUCAAGACUGGUUCAAACAAGAAAAGUGAUAAAAAGUCGGAUCAGUCAGCCAAGAAGGAUGAAGGGAAGUUUGUGGAUCUACCUGGGGCUGAGAUUGGAAAAGUUGUUGUUCGUUUCCCACCAGAAGCAAGUGGGUAUUUACAUAUUGGUCAUGCAAAGGCAGCCUUGCUGAACUACCACUACAGAGAGAUGUUCAAAGGAACGCUCAUUAUGAGAUUCGAUGACACCAACCCAGCUAAGGAAAAUGAGGAGUUUGAACAGGUGAUUCUGGAGGACGUGGCUAUGCUGGGUAUCAAAUACGACAAGUUCUCCUAUACCUCAGACCACUUUGAUCUGCUUCAGAAGCAUUGCGAAAAAAUGAUUAGGUUGGGCAAAGCCUAUGUUGACAACACAGAUCCUGAAACCAUGAAGAAAGAGCGAGAAGAGCGCAAGGACUCUGUCAACAGAAACAACGGUGUGGAGAAGAAUUUAGCCAUGUGGGAGGAAAUGAAGAAAGGAACAGCUAAAGGCCAGACCUGUGCAGUGAGGGCAAAGAUUGACAUGAAAUCUGACAAUGGCUGUAUGAGGGACCCCACAUUGUAUAGAUGCAAGCCUGAACAUCACAUUAGGACUGGCACCAAAUACAAGGUGUACCCCACUUACGACUUUGCUUGCCCUAUAGUGGACAGUGUAGAGGAUGUGACCCACGCUCUUCGGACCACAGAGUACCAUGAUAGAGAUGAGCAAUACUACUGGAUCCUGGACACACUAGGUUUACGACGUCCUUACAUCUACGAGUACAGUAGGCUCAACCUGCAGAACACUGUCCUCUCCAAAAGGAGACUCACCUGGUUUGUCAAUGAGGGAAUUGUGGAUGGAUGGGAUGAUCCCCGGUUCCCCACCGUGAGGGGCGUGUUGAGAAGGGGAAUGACAGUGGAGGGGCUGAAACAGUUCAUUGUGGCACAGGGGUCCUCGAGGUCUGUGGUGAUGAUGGAGUGGGAUAAGAUUUGGGCAGUCAACAAGAAAGUGAUUGAUCCAAUUGUACCAAGGUACACUGCUUUGCUUAAGGAAGAGGUUGUCCCAGUUCAUGUGAAAGGUGCAUCUACAGGUGUGAUGCAAAAACCAAGACAUCCCAAGAAUGAAAGUGUAGGAAUGAAGGAUGUGUGGUACUCUCCCCUUGUGUACAUAGAGGGCGCUGAUGCAGAAUUGUUGAAGGAGGGGGAGCUGACUACAUUUAUCAACUGGGGUAACCUGGAAAUAACUAAAAUAAACAAGAAAAAUGGCAAAAUUGUGUCCAUGGAGGCCAAAACUAUGCUGGAUAAUACAGACUACAAGAAGACCCAGAAGAUUACCUGGCUGGCUGAGACAGACAAAGCCCCCUUCACCCCCUCCAUAUGUGUUCAGUAUGACCACAUCAUAAGUAAAGCUGUUCUUGGUAAAGAGGAGGACUUCAAACAGUAUGCCAACAGAGACAGUAAGAAAGAGUUGGUGAUGUUUGGUGAUCCUUGUUUGGCCAGUUUGAAGAAAGGUGACAUUAUACAGCUUCAGAGGCGAGGAUAUUACAUCUGCGAUCAGCCGUAUCUCCCAACCAGCCCUUUCACUGGUCUCAGCAGUCCCUGUGUCCUGUUGAACAUCCCAGACGGCCACACAAAAGAGAUGCCAACCUCUGGGUCCAAGCACAAAGAAGAUGGCAGCAGCAAAGAGAAAUCACAGAGCAAGAAAGGGAAAGCAGCUGAGAAAUCUCCCCCUGAUACACCCUCCUCCUCAGGUAUUGAUCUGGUGGAUCUAGACAAGAGGAUCAGAGGUCAAGGGGAAAGAGUUCGUGACCUCAAGUCCAAGAAAGCUCCCAAGGAGCAAGUAGAUGCAGAAGUUAAAAUUCUCCAGGCUCUGAAGGCAGAAUAUAAAUCUGGUUCUGGUUCUGACUGGAAACCGGACACCAAGCCUGUCCAUCCAGUUUCUUGUCCACCAGCAUCUGGUUCAGUAAAUGCCGGAGAACUCAAUGAUCGAAUAACAAAACAGGGCAACAUGGCCAGGGACCUCAAAACAAAGAAAGCCCCCAAGAGUGAAAUUGAUGAAGCGGUGAAAAUACUUUUGGCUCUGAAGACAGAAUUCAAAACUAUGACAGGAAAAGAUUGGAAACCUGGUUCCACCCCGCCCGCAAUAAGUUCAUCUGGGAGCAGUGGAGAUGUAAACAUCAUCAAUGAGAAAAUUAUUGCCCAGGGCAACAAAGUCCGUGACAUGAAAGCAGCCAAAGCUUCAAAGAGUGAAAUUGAUGAAGCAGUGAAAGUACUUCUGGCUCUGAAGACAGAAUACAAAACUAUGACAGGAAAAGAUUGGAAACCUGGUUCCACCCCGCCCGUAACAAGUUCAUUUGACAGCAGUGGAGAUGUAAACAUCAAUGAGAAAAUUAUUGCCCAGGGCAACAAAGUCCGUGACAUGAAAGCAGCCAAAGCUUCAAAGGACACAGUGACUGCAGAAGUGCAAAUAUUACUGCAGUUGAAAGCCAAGUACAAAACUGCUACAGGGAAGGAUUGGACACAACCUCCUGCUGGAUCCACCCCCAAAAAGACAGAACCACCUAAAGUCAUGUCAGCUGAUGAGGCAGGGAAUCUGAAGAAGAAGAUUGAUGACCAGGGCGAGAAAGUGCGACAACUGAAGGCCUCCAAAGCAGCAGAGGAUGAAGUAAAGAAAGCUGUAGAAGUCCUCUUGUCACUGAAGAGUCAGUACAAAGAUCUAACAGGAGAGGAUCUAUCUGGAGGUGGCCGAAAAGACAAGAAGGAGAAGAAAAAAGACAAGAAAGUCACAGAGAAGAAAGAGGAAGUCAAAGUGCAGGAGGACUCCAAAGAUCACAAAAAAAUCACAAGACUUGGCCUAGAAGCAAAGAAAGAGGAGAACUUGUCAGACUGGUACUCACAGGUCAUUACAAAAGCAGAAUUGAUCGAGUACUACGAUGUUAGUGGCUGUUACAUUCUACGACCCUGGUCAUAUUCCAUUUGGGAGAGCAUCAAAGAAUUUUUUGACAGAGAAAUUAAGAAAUUAGGUGUAGAAAAUACAUAUUUUCCCAUGUUUGUAUCCCACCAAGCACUGGAGCGAGAAAAAACUCACAUUGCAGAUUUUGCCCCAGAGGUGGCCUGGGUAACAAAGUCUGGUAAAUCCGACUUGGCUGAACCUAUCGCUAUCCGUCCCACAAGUGAAACUGUGAUGUACCCCUCAUAUGCCAAGUGGAUCAAGUCUCACAGAGAUCUCCCAUUAAAACUGAACCAGUGGUGUAAUGUUGUGAGGUGGGAAUUCAAACAUCCACAGCCAUUCCUUAGGACCAGGGAAUUUCUAUGGCAGGAAGGACAUACUGCAUUUGCCACAGCUGAGGAAGCUCAGGAGGAGGUAUAUGCUAUACUUGAACUGUAUGCCAGAGUGUAUGAGGAUCUGUUAGCUAUCCCAGUGGUCAGGGGCAGGAAAACUGAGCGCGAGAAGUUUGCAGGGGGAGACUUUACCACAACAGUAGAGGCCUACAUAUCGGCUAGCGGAAGAGCUAUACAGGGAGGAACAUCUCAUCACUUAGGACAGAAUUUCUCCAAGAUGUUUGAGAUUUGUAUCCAAGACCAAGAAACUUUGGAGAAACAGUUUGUGUAUCAGAAUUCUUGGGGUCUGACAACUCGAACCAUUGGAGUUAUGUGUAUGGUUCAUGGCGACAACACCGGACUAGUGCUGCCACCUAAUGUCGCCAGUGUCCAGGUGAUCAUUGUUCCCUGUGGAAUAACAGCCAAUCUGUCCAAGUCAGACGAGCAGGAUCUGAUGGAUAAAUGUGAGGCCCUGAAGAAGGAGCUGUUGGCAGCCGAUAUCAGAACCCGAACCGACCUGAGGGACAACUACUCACCGGGCUGGAAAUUUAACCACUGGGAGCUUAAGGGAGUACCAAUUCGAGUGGAACUUGGACCCCGUGACAUCAAACAAAACCAACUGGUAGCCGUUAGACGAGAUACUUCAGAGAAAAUGAUUCUAAAGAGAGAAAACAUUGAUAAACAACUUGCAGAUCUACUUAAAAACAUCCAGGACAGUCUUUUUAAUAGAGCUAAGUUGGACUUGGACAGUCACAUGAUUGUUUCUCACCAGUGGAAACACUUCUGCGAUUCUCUGGACAACAAGAAGAUAAUCCAAGCACCGUUCUGUGGGGACGAAGAUUGUGAAGAGAAGAUCAAGAAAGAUAGUGCAAGGGAUGCAGUGGUUGAGGAGGGAGCCCCCGCCAUGGGAGCAAAAGGUCUGUGUAUUCCCUUCAAACAACCGGAGACUUUAAAAUCAGGCACAAAGUGUAUCCAUCCAGACUGCAAGAGAGAUGCCAAGUUCUUCACUCUGUUUGGAAGGAGCUACUAGAAGUGAACAAUACUGAGAUCACAACUGAGAUGCCAAAGUCCCCGUAACCAUAUGAUGAUUACAUGUAUUAUUACAAAUAGGCUAUAGCGGUACAACUCUUCAGACGUCAUUAUUAAAUGUUUAUAGUGACCACCCACGGUGUUAGUGACUGGUUUGUUAAUGCAUGAAAACCUAUUAAAUUAUUGACUGUUGGUUUAAAAUUGUAUUAAAUGUAGUAAUGAACAUACAUCUGUUAAUAAAAAUGGGAUUUAUUA